GGAGGGGUUUGGGGCUCCGACACCCGAACUUGUGCGGUUCUGCCGCCUGGAGAGGAGAGGGUAGUCGAAACGCGAGUGUCUCCACGCCCCUGGCCAGUGGCCUCUCUGGGACGCCGCCCUCUGGAACUUGGGCGAGCCCAAAGCUGCAGCCACAAAGAAUGAUUCGUGGCGUGGGCCCCUCACUUCCCCUCCGGAGCCCGCCCACCCCUGCGCUCUUCUUCCUCGGAACUUCCUCCUGGCCGCUUUCCUCCUCUCUUCCUCCUUUUUUUCGUCCUUGCUUCCCAGAGCGCCUUUCCCUGACCCGGUAAACAUCCCUCCCCCUCCGCCGCCGCCGCCGCCACCACCACCACCACCACCACACGUUGGGUAGUGGGUAUUUAUAGAAACAGAUAUGUCUUAGGGGACAGCCAGGCCGUCCUGCCCGGAAAAUCGAUCCCCCAAAGAGCUUCCCAGGCCUGGCUCCAGCCAGCAGGGAGCAGCGCCAAUUGUCCCCCGCGUGUGGAAGCAUGUUUUAUGAGUGCUACAGGUUUGAGCACAGCAGAAAUUGUAAUUAACGUUAACGAAAAUAAGAGCCCCAGCAGCAGUCACAACAAACUACCCCUGUAGGAUUCUGCAGUUGGAAAUUAUUCAAAAGGAAAGGGCCAGCUUUGCUUGGGAGGGAGGUGGGAAGGGCAGAGCACCUGACAGGUGCUGUGGUCCCUCAGAGGGCCUAGAGGGCGAGGAGAGCCCAGCGCAGCGCUGGUGGCUGCCGAGAUUGGUAAGCUGGACUUGACUUCAGCAUGUACCUCUUUUCAGCUCCCAGAGGUCGUCCUUGGACAGAGGCUGACAGCCUAGCGGAGGUGUGCCCUGGAGGAGGUGAUGGUUUCCCAGGUCUUAUUUACCAUUGGCUCUUUCAGAGGAACGGCUUAAGAUGGUUCUGUGUGAGGGGUGUUUGCUAGGGAUAUGGCUUUGUUUGCCAAGUGAAAGUUGAGUUCUUGUAGAACAGGCCAUUUCUAGCCUACAGGGGAACGGCUCUGAGGGUCAUGAGUUAUGAGGAAACUUGUUUAUCAGGGGAGGAUUUGUGAGAGGAUGGCUAGAUUGGAAUAUUUUCUCUUAGACCUGGACAUCUGUGUACAGCUCCACAAGAGUGUUUUCUUGUAUUUUCUCUUUCUUUCUCUUUUUGUCUCUCCUGACACAUCUAAAUACAGGGGCUGAGAAUUCGCUACAAAGAAGUUAACCAAUCUGUUGGACUGUGGUUGAUGGAAGAGAAUCUGUCAAUAGGCUGUUGAUUCUGUGUAAUAGAGUUGAAUGUCUCUCUCACAGUGACGUUUUAGUUGAGGAAUUGCCGAUGGUUUUAGUGUUUCAGUUUGGUUUGGAAUCAUGUGACAAUUUGGAAAAUACAACAUCCAGUAUUUUUCCAUGUGGGAAUGUAAUCAUGCGACUUGGUGUUGACCUGAGAAAGACAGACUACUUGGUUUGCAUCUGGAUCCUAGUUUUCUAAGGGGGGUUUUACUUGAUCAGAACCUCUUUACAAUUGAAAUAUGUAAUGGGAUGAUAGAAAACGAAUGAUGUCUUCUGGAGGAGCAGCCCAUCGUGGACCAGAAAUGAAAAGAUGAGUGGGUGCUUCUCAGGACUUCUAGAGAUGGUGCUUAUAUUUGGCUGUGACAUCUACCUGAUUUACCUGUUUAACUUACCUAAACUUUAGUACACUGUUGAUUAUUAGAGGCUUGGUUUUGAAAGUGUGAAUUUGGGUUUCAGUAGUUGUUUAGUUUUGAUUUUAUUUCCACAGCACUGCAGACUUCCUAGAAUAAGCGACUAAAAGGACCACAGGGUUUACCUGGUGCUACUCUUUCAUUUUACAGAUGAGAAAAGAGUCGGACAAGUUAACUGGUUUGGUCAAGAUUCCUGAGCCAGUUCCUAUCAAGGCUGGAAUUAGAGCCCCAGCCCUCGGGAAUCCAGCUUGAACAUACUGCUUGACACUGCUAAUUCUAGAAAAUUGUAUUAGUUUUGUUAUAAAUGCAAGAACCUUUGCAGAUCCAUAUUCCCAUAUGUCUUUCAGGUUUUUGUAAAUUUUUAGUUUUUAAUUCCAUAGCAGUUAACAAAUAGGGAGAGCUGUUUUCGGAUGAGUUGGGGGAAAGGGCAUUAAGGAGAGGAAAAUAAUCUUGUCCUAAGUUUUUUGCCCAUAUUUUCCCUUGUAAACGAUGUAGUCAACAGAUAUAUGACUAUAAGGAUUAUAAACUUUGGAAUUUAUCUAAUGCAUUGCUCUUUUGUUCCCUAUCUCCAUGAGGAUAUUGUACACUUAACAUUCUGUUAAUUUCUGUUUGUCCUAAGACAGUACUCAAUAACUAUUUGAUUCCCAUUAGUUUUUUUCUUUUAAGUUCUGAAAUACUAGUAUUAUAUUACUUUCAUAACUGUUUUAAUGUUUAAAGCACUCUCCAGUUACCAGUUUUACCUUUAUAAAAUAGUUGGGAUUAAAGAAGAAUGAAUAUUCCCAUUUAGAAAACAGUAAUGUUUGGGAGAAGAAAAAGUAGACAUUUCACUCAGGGCCACAAACACUGUGUCAGUGCAUUUGAGGAGGAGCUAAAACUCCAAUCUUUUUGGACUCAGUUCUAGUCCCAUAACACUGUACAGCAUUUGUAAAAUGAUUUCAGAGAAAUUUUAAAAUGCCCAGAAAUAUUAGCACAAUGAAGUAUCUGCUUUUUCCCCUUUUAUUAUUGGAAGAGAUUAAAAUGAUCAAAUUGGCUAGACUAUUGUUCUUAACAUAAUUUUUAAUGCUAAAAUAUUUUAUGGUCAAAGAGGGCUUUUGGAGGUCUCGCUGCUUUGACCCAUACAUUAUAGUAUCUAACAGCUGGCACUCAUUCAGAGUGUAUUUUUAAAUUUGACAGGCACUGUGCUGGGUAGGCACUGGCAAAUAGAAAAAGUGAGUGAGAGGUUUUAAACAUCCUUAAGUUUCUGGUGUACUUCCAGCAUAUGUAUUCUGGAAAUGUUUUGGUCUUUCUAGGGUCCCCACCCCCGCCACUUUUAUACGUCAGUUAGUUGUGCUUCUGAGCCGGGUUGUGAUUGUAGAGUCUUGCAGUCCUUCAGGCCUUAAAUCCUCCUUUACUUGAGCCUCUCUAAGGAAUCUCCUUAACGUCUGGAAAGUUUUUAAGAUUCUACAUGUCAUUUAGGUGUUCAGUUGAUCUGUUCUGCUAUAGGUACUCUUUAAUGAGCUAUCAUUUGCCUCCCAAGUUCUGCUGAUGCACUGUAAGCCAAACAUCUUGUGACUUGGGUCCCCAGGGACAAGUCCCAAUUCCCUGGGUGUUAACUUCAUGUUUUAUUAUGAAGGUCCAAAGGUAGUUCUCUAGAAUAACUCAGAGGGGUGAGAGUUAACAAGGAGUGACUGGCAUGCGUUCUUCCAUUCAGCAGAUAUUUACAGAGUGCUUACUGUAUGUUUGGGUUUGUGUCAGUAGGGACUUGAAAAGAUAAGAGAUGACCCCACCCUGGAAUUGCUCACAGCCAAGUGGGUACAUCAGGUGUGAAAACAGGUGAAGAUGAACAUGGUAUUUGAAUAUAUCAGUGCUCCAUAAGCACAGUGGAAGGGACAGGGAGGUGAGUACUGAACUGGACAUUGAAGGUUGAGUAGGAGUUUACCAUGUGGACUUGGUGAGGAAGGAGAUUCUAAGCAGUGUUUGGAAAGGACGAUAAUUCUAGCUCCCCUUUACUCAGUACUGUACUAAGGACUUUAUACCUUUUACCUUUAUUAAUCCUCCUAAUAGCCCUAACGAGGUAGCUGUGUUACUUUCUUUUUACAGAUACGGACACUGAGGUUCAGAGAGAUUAAGUAAAUUGCCCAAGGUCACACAGUAAGUGAUAGAGCUGGGGUUCAUUUCCCAUGUGUCUAACUGAAAAUCCCUGGACUCCUAACCAUUAUGAAACAUGACCUCAACAAAAGCAGAGGAGCAUCAAAGAGCGUGGUGUCUCCAUGGGUCCUGGGGAAUCCAGUUUACUAUUCUCAGAGAACAUGAUGGUGGUAGAUGGUUCUGGAAGGACUCAGGUCAUACAGGCUUUCCAUUUUAGAACCUCAUAUUCUUGCCUGUAAGUUCUUGCAUUGUCUGUGGGAAUGGGGUGCCUUUGUGGUCCUUGAGCAAAAGCCAGGGUCCCAGAGUGACACUUCAGUGGUAACUCCAAAAGUACAGUGGAAAGAAGAGGUUUGAGGAAUUCAAGACUUGGAAGCAAGGGGACAUGUGAGGAGGCUGCUCCAGUUGUGGCAGUGAGAGGCCGCAGGAGUGCAAGGUGAGGCAGGGUGGAUGGAGAAGAGUUAGGUGGAGAGAAACGAUGGGGCCUGACGGUGACUUAUGAAGGCCCAGGAGACCUGGAGAUGGAUUGAAUGACUCUGCAGAGGAGAAGCCUUUUGUUGACCAAUUGGCGGCAGUAAGCACACAAUGAAUGAUCACCUACACGUUGGGAGCCACAGCCACGGACAGAUCCAGGUUCAGCAGCUGUUUGAGGAUAACAGUAACAAGCGGACAGUGCUCACGACACAACCAAAUGGGCUUACGUCAGUGGGCAAGACGGGCUUGCCAGUGGUGCCUGAGCGGCAGCUGGAGAGCAUCCAUAGACGGCAGGGGAGCUCCACCUCUCUGAAGUCCCUGGAAGGCAUGGGGAAGGUGAAAGCCACUCCCCUGACACCUGAGCAAGCGAUGAAGCAAUAUAUGCAAAAACUGACCAGCUUUGAGCACCAUGAGAUUUUCAGCUACCCUGAAAUCUAUUUCUUGGGUCCAAAUGCAAAGAAGCGCCAGGGCAUGACCGGCGGGCCCAACAACGGUGGCUACGAUGAUGACCAGGGAUCCUACGUGCAGGUGCCCCAUGAUCACGUGGCUUACAGGUACGAGGUCCUCAAGGUCAUUGGGAAGGGGAGCUUUGGGCAGGUGGUCAAGGCCUACGACCACAAAGUCCACCAGCACGUGGCCCUGAAGAUGGUGCGGAAUGAGAAGCGUUUCCACCGGCAGGCGGCCGAGGAGAUCCGCAUCCUGGAGCACCUGCGGAAGCAGGACAAGGACAACACCAUGAAUGUCAUCCACAUGCUGGAGAACUUCACCUUCCGCAACCACAUCUGCAUGACGUUCGAGCUGCUGAGCAUGAACCUCUACGAGCUCAUCAAGAAGAACAAGUUCCAGGGCUUCAGCCUGCCUUUGGUCCGCAAGUUCGCCCACUCCAUCCUGCAGUGCCUGGACGCUUUGCACAAAAACAGGAUAAUUCACUGUGACCUGAAGCCUGAGAACAUUCUAUUAAAGCAGCAGGGCAGAAGCGGGAUUAAAGUGAUUGAUUUUGGCUCCAGUUGUUACGAGCAUCAGCGCGUCUACACGUACAUCCAGUCCCGUUUUUACCGGGCCCCGGAAGUGAUCCUUGGCGCCCGGUAUGGCAUGCCCAUCGAUAUGUGGAGCCUGGGCUGCAUCCUAGCGGAGCUCCUGACCGGUUACCCACUCCUGCCUGGGGAGGAUGAAGGGGACCAGCUGGCCUGUAUGAUUGAACUGCUGGGCAUGCCCUCCCAGAAACUGCUGGAUGCAUCCAAACGAGCCAAAAAUUUUGUGAGCUCCAAGGGUUAUCCCCGUUACUGCACUGUCACGACCCUCUCAGACGGCUCCGUGGUGCUCAACGGAGGCCGUUCCCGGAGGGGCAAACUGAGGGGCCCGCCAGAGAGCAGAGAGUGGGGGAAUGCACUGAAGGGGUGUGACGACCCCCUUUUCCUUGACUUCUUGAAACAGUGUUUAGAAUGGGAUCCUGCGGUUCGCAUGACCCCCGGCCAGGCCCUGCGGCACCCCUGGCUGAGGAGGCGGCUGCCAAAGCCUCCGACGGGGGAGAAGACGGCAGUGAAAAGGAUCACCGAGAGCACUGGUGCUAUCACAUCCAUUUCCAAGUUACCUCCACCUUCCAGCUCAGCUUCCAAACUGAGGACUAAUUUGGCACAGAUGACAGAUGCCAAUGGGAAUAUUCAGCAGAGGACAGUGUUGCCAAAACUCGUUAGCUGAGCUGAGUCCCCCGAUGCUGGUAGUUCUGAAAGAUACGACGUUGCUGAGCCUUACUGGGUUGAAAAGGAGUAGCUCAGACCUGUUUUUAUUUGCUCAAUAACUCGACUCAUUUGUAUCUUUUCGGCACUUAUUUUAAUGUAAGAAAGUUGUUCGUUUUGUUUUUAUAAAAUACAUGGGGACAAUGCUUUAAGUUUUUAUACUUUCUGAAACUGUUUUUGUGUUCUAAAAGUACGAUGAGCCUUACUGUAUUUAGUGUGGCAGUAAUAAACGUCAGUGGCAGGCCAUUGAUUACGUCGUGACUGCCGCGCAUCUACAGGUUGGUGUCGAAGACAUUCACUCUGUUUUCAUGGGUCAUAGUGUGUUCUCCCCAAGGUGAUUGCCUCCCAAGGCCCCCCUUCUUGCUGCAGGUUCACGUGCAGGUGCAGCCUGUCCUGCUUCCCUUUUCCAUGAGUCACCUGGGUGGUAGUGAUUGUGGGAGGAGGAGAGGCAGGACAAAAAUGAGAGCUUAAGAGAAACUGCACCUUACAGAUUUUUUUUCCCUAAAAUUAGCGCUCAAAGAAAGACAAAAUAAAAUCCCCAAGUGGAAAUGCCCUGUUACCCUUCUGAUAUUCUAAAGUCCGGCCAAGCAGACCUGGUGGAUACAUGGAAACGUGUGUGUUCCUCCAAAUUUUCUAAUGUGAUCAGCGAGCUGUUUCGCAAAGAAGACUCAUAUUGCAGAAUUGGUUUUGCACCUAAAUUUAGAAAUGUAUUCCAUGAACUGUUCCUUCUCUUUGCUUUUCCCCUCACUGUUCCUCUUUCAACACCCAUCUGUUGCUUACAUUUAGGGUUUUUUUUUCUUUCAAAUACAUAUCCCAGACUGUUAAUACAGAGAGAGACAUUUUAGCUGUGAUUAUGACCAUCGUUUCAUAUUCCAAUUUAAAAAAGAACAGCAGCCUAGCUCCUUAAGGUAGGGAUUUCCAUAGUUCCAAAGAAGGUUUAGCAGAUUAGAGUGAGUUCACACUUUUCAGGUGCCGCGGGAAGGUUCUCUUAGCCUGGGAAAGCAUCAACUCUUUAAAAAAAACAGAGGGGUUGAAAAUCCUCAUCGUGAACAGGAGUCGUGCUUGUUCAGCAAGGCCAACUUUAACAACAAAUUCGAAGGAGGGAAAAUUCAACCUCAAGUUAAAUGGUUUGACUUAUUCUUUGCAUCAUUAGAAGAACCACAGAAAUUGCAUUCCUGUGUUUUGUUUUACUUUCGUUUGGAUUGCACUGAUUGUUUUUGUGGGAAUGACACUUUACCUGGAAAAGUAACAGAGUUAGGUAAAAGAAUAUUUUCUCUUCUGAGUAAUACUUAUUUUCACAGUGAAAAUUUCAGUAUUUUAUCACUAAUGUAUGAGCAGUGAUAUAUAUCAAUUUGAAGGCACGUGGAAAAAAUUUUUUAGUAUGUGCAAUUUAAUAUAGAAAGAUUUCUGCCUGUUUGGACAAUAGGUUUUGGGUAGUAUAAAUUAGGAUAAACACUCUUUUAUAUGCACAGAUGUUGUAUUGCCUGUAAAUUGAUUUACAAGUUCUUAAAGCAUGGUCCCCAGUGAGGCCAAGAAAGUUUCCGGUUAAGUUCUUUUAAUACUAAUCCUCCAGUUUCUCUUACUUUAAAGAAAAAAAAAGUAGUUUUGAACGAAACACUUUACUUAUCUUGAGGCUUUGUCAGUUGAUGGUGGAGAAAAAUGCUCAGGAAAUAUUACAGAUAUUUGCCAAAAAAAAAGUAGUAAGAUUAGUUUAUUAAGAUAGUGAUGUUGAUACUUGCUUUACUAUUUAAGGGUGUCACUGAUAAACUGAUUUGUACUUCUGUAUUUAGAAAUUAUAGCUUCUUUUCCCUAGUCAAAUUCUUUAGCUUGUUGUACACAUUUCUGUGUAAUCUGUGGAAGUGCAAUAAUAUGGCAGUAAGUUGCAUUUUAAAUGAUGCUCACGUGAUGAUACCCCCAAUCAGUGGCUUACAGAAUUUUAAAGAUUGCGUAUUUAUUAUUAAAAUGUUGGCUUAAAGGCAUAAGAAGUGUAAGACUCAGUGUGGUGGUUUUGUAAAACCACGAGCCUCUCAAUGACAGCGCCUUUAAGUCAUUAAAAGAAACAAAACGUAAAGGCUGUUUUCCCCUUGCGAUGCUCCUCUUCUGUAUCCACUCUAGAGAUUUUUCGUUUUUAGUUUUAACUACAUGAACCUGAGCCUGCCGUUAAUAUGAAUUUCCCUAUAAAAUUAUUAUACAUGUGAAAAUUUAUAAAUGGAUUAAUCCUGCUUGUCUCCUCCCCCACCACACAAACCUGGUUCUUAAGAUGCCUACAGUGCAUUUGUGACUAAUCUUAUUCACAAAUGUAACCGGAAACUUUUAAGCCAAACUAUAAUGUGCAGUGCUGUGGGGCUCCCCCCACACCGCACCCCCUAAAUACAGUGAAAUUUCCUUUGUUCACAAGAGCCGCCACGUUCAGUGUUUAGUGAUAGAGCUGCGUUUUAAAAAUUCUAGCUUAAUUAUAAUGUCAACAAAAAAGAAAAAUGUUGCAUCGUUGUGAUUUUUAAAUCAUAAAUAAAUGAAGGGCUCUGAUAGGCUACUAGGAGUUGGCUUGGAAACAGUCCUUGGUCUCACAGGUCACCGUUGUCUAGGGAUGUCUGAGCUGUUUUCAGAUUUAGGAAUAGCACAGUGUCGUCUUGUCUUUGGUCGCGGUCUCAUCUGGCUCCGUUUCUUGCACCCCCAGAGUGUGCAUUACCACUUCAGUGUAUGGCUACAACAGUGGAACAACAGUGAUGCAAGACAGUGUAGAUUAACAGUAGAGGAGAAAUUGUGCCCUUAGUGUUAACAAUGUGCCUUUUGUUCUGAAUGCCAUGUUGUAGGGCGUGCAUUUUUUGGCCUCUUUUAACUCUUUGAAUACUAGGCAGUAAGGAUGGAACCCAUCUCUGCAAAGAUACAUCUGUCUUAAACAUCCAGUUACUUACAGGCCUUAAUAGAAACCUUAAGGCGUGAAUUAUCAUCAGGCACCGGAAAAGGUAACCACUGGUUAGUUACACAGGGAAUUCCUGUGUUUAAGGGGUUAAGGAUGGUCUUUGUUGUAUCUUAACAUCAGACUGAUUUUUUAAACAAUUUUUUUUGUUAUGCUAACACUAGGCAAAAAUCAACUGUAUUUGUAAAAAUUUACCUCAAACCAUUUAAUUUUAUAGUCUGAUUAAUCCCAGGGCAUUUGGUAUGAACCAAAGUGCAUUCCUUUUAUAUGUGCCUGGCUCUAGUAAGGAUGGCCAGGGAUUUUUACAAUUUGGGUGCAAGGCACUUAAGCCACUUUUAAACUUAAUGGGUGGUUUGGAGUCAUGUGGAAGGACUCCAUCCGAAUGUUAGGAAACACUAGGCAUCAGUAGCAUUGGGCCAUAUUGGAAUCUUCAAAGUAUGAAUUAUUUUAAAGAGUGUUCAUUUUUGUAAUUUUUUUCAUCAAGAAUAUUAUGGUAAGCAGAAGACUUUUUAAAAAAUAAAACUGAUUUGGUUGGUAAAGGUUUUAAUAUUGCCCAACAUAAUGCUGUGGUAGCAUUUAAAAAAAAGUAUUUGUGAACUCUUGUUUCUUAGGGGCUUGUACAUCUCUCUGCUAUGGACAUAGAUAAAAUUCAUUGUACUUAUACUCAGCUCAACUGCUACAGUAAUGUCUAGGCAGUGGCUUGGGUUUUUAUCGAGCAACAACUUAGACACGUGACUGUAAUAUGCUGCAACUGUGUGUACUGAAAAUAUGUGAAAAUGGUUGAAUGUGGACUGUGUAUAUAUGUAUGUAAAAUUUUCUGUGAGAUGCUGCUGUCGCCACUUAACAUGGAAUAUGUUCUAGUGGAUUUUAAUCCUAGUGGCCAGUUCUAUGAUACUGUAUGUAUUGUACAGCUGAUGACAGGAGUAAGACUGUUCAGUGAAUAUUUGUUAAAUUUUAUUGUCGUGGCCAGAGAUAAUUUCAGAAUAAAAUUUUAAUGUCCUACCUUA